AUGUCAAGAGGAGAACGCGGUGUCGCACCGGCAAAGAGGUUGAACCGCAGGAAGCGUGGCGUGAGGCGCCGGCGCAACAGAGCGCAAACCAAAGCGUCGAUACCUGCCGUUCACGCUUCUUUUGCCUGCCAUAUUUGCUCGAAGAAUCACUGGACCGUUAGUUGUCCGAGGUUGCGACUUUCCCCUCGUGAUUAUCCCUUGAUGGACCGCGAGAAGGGGUGCUGGAAAUGCGCUCAGCGGGGUCAUUCCUCGGCGCAGUGUCAAGUGAAGAAGUACCGCUGCUCAGACUGCGGCGGUCUGCAUGAUACACGCGAUUGUGAGUUUGAUCACAAAAGCGAAGAAUGGCAUGAGUUUUUUGACUCCACCACGCAGCAUGUCUUCUACUGUAACAGUGAAACGGGGGAGGUGCAGUGGACACCACCUACGCACAAGCUGGAUGUGGUUUUAUGGUUCUGCUCGAACUGCAGCAUACUCCUCCCAACGUCCGUCCCAGAAUGUGUAAAAUGCCGUGUUCCGAGACCGCACUCAAAGGUAUCAGACGCAGCAUCUUCUUCAUCUUCCUCAGUUUCGGAAUCAGGUAGUGAUGAUGGAAGUGAUGAUGAGGGGAGUGAGUCCGCCUCGGAUAACUAG